CGUUGGUCGGCUGGUGAAAAUGUCCUCUACCGUCUUUCAUCGCCGGUGCGGCAAACGGAUUACGCUGUCGAACGGGAACCGCACGGCGAUGCGAAAUGUGAGCGAAUUCAACCACGGAUUGGUGCUGAGUGCCGAGCCCUUGCAAGAUGAUGUCCUGUUUGAGGUGCGAAUCGAUGAGAAGAUACAAGCAUGGAGCGGAAGCAUUGAAGUCGGCAUCACGACGGUCAAUCCCGAAUCAACCGAAUUGCCACCGUGUGCGAUGAAGCUUCGCAACACCACCUGGGUAAUGUCCGGAAUCUCCGUGCUCAACGAUGGUCUGUUGCUGGUUGAAUCGUACGGGCUCGAUUUGGAAAAGUUAGGCGAAGGAGACCGUGUCGGUGUGCAGCGAACAGCCCGCGGUGAGCUGGUGUUCUACGUUAACGGAGAACCGCAAGGUGUAGCCGCACGGGACAUUCCACGGCAGGUGUACGCGCUGGUAAAUCUGUACGGCAAAUGCGUGCAAGUAACGAUAACAUCCGGCCAACUGACGGAUCUACCCGGAGAGUACGGAGCGUGCACUUCCUCGGAAGAUGUGAGCGCGUCCCCGCAAAUAUCGCAAAAUAUCGAUCUGCCAAUGUCGGUGGAAAUGUCCGUAAACGGUGGAACGACGACAACUUCCACCGUGGUUGCUGCGACCUCAUCCAGUUCCGCCAUCACGUCCAGCACGGAGGGAACAUCCGAUCCGAGUGAUAAGCUUCGAUUUCACACACGCUGCGGAUCGUUGGUAAAGCUGAGCGCCAACUGUCGUACGGCCGAAAGACGCCGGCCGCUGGAUGAGUUCAACAAUGGUGUGGUAAUGACCCAUCGGCCACUGUGGGAUAACGAGCUGUUUGAGAUUCGCAUCGAUCGGUUGGUUGAUAAAUGGUCCGGAUCGAUCGAGGUAGGCGUAACGACACACUGCCCCUCGGCGUUACAGUUCCCAGCGACAAUGACCAACCUGCGCAGUGGAACAAUUAUGAUGUCCGGAUGCGGAAUUCUGACGAACGGGAAAGGAACGCGCCGCGAGUAUGGCGAGUUCAAUCUGGACGAGCUGCGCGAAGGUGAUCGGGUCGGUAUGAUGCGAAAGUCGAACGGCAACCUACAUUACUACAUUAACGGACGCGAUCAGGGCGUCGCGGCAACACGCGUGGCGCAAACGCUUUGGGGCGUUAUUGAUCUGUACGGGAUGACGAUCAAGGUGACGAUCGUGGAUCGUGACGAGCGGGAGCAGCGCAAUCUGGUAACGCGCCGCAACCAUCUGCUAAGCAUGCCCGCCCAGAUACAGGAACUACCGCUCAGCAGUUUACCGCACACGGCCACAACUGCCGGCAGCCCAUCGGAUGCGGAUUGUGUCGGUUCCGCGUCCACGCUACUCGAUCGGCUGCUGUUUCACCAGAUGUGCGGAUCGCACGCGAGUGUCACGCACAGUGGCCGUACCGCGCUGCGCCCAAAUGCAUCGGAUGACUUCAACAAUGGCGUGGUGCUAACGCGUCGUCCACUGCGCCCGAACGAACUGUUCCAGGUGCGACUGGAGCGCGUCGUCACCAAGUGGGCCGGCUCGAUCGAGAUGGGCGUUACGACGCACAGCCCGACCGAGCUCGAUUUCCCCUUCACGAUGACGAAUGUCCGGACGGGCACGUGGAUGAUGACCGGGAACGGUGUCAUGCACAACGGCAUGACCGUGAUCGAGCAGUACGGCCAAAAUCUGGACCGGUUGCAGGUGGGCGAUCGGGUCGGCGUGGUGCGGAAGGAUGACGGCACGCUACACUUCUGGGUGAACGGGAUCGACCAGGGUCCGGCCGCGACCAACGUACCGGAGAAGGUGUACGGUGUGAUUGAUCUGUACGGGCAGGCGGCUCAAGCGUCGAUCGUCGAUACGUCCGAGUGUGGUACGCCCGAUACGGGUAAUUCGACCAUCUCCAACACGACACUCUUCCCGUCGGCCGAACCACGGAUGCGGUUUAACACGUGCGUGCAUGGGCGGAAUGCACACAUCAUAAACGGUGGCCUAACCGCCUGCCGACCGAAAGCACUGGCCGAGUUUAAUGAUGCGAUCGUGUUUAGCAGCCGCCCGUUACGCCAGCGGGAACUGUUCGAGAUCGUACUCGAUACGGUGGUCGACCGGUGGAAUGGCAGCAUCGAAAUCGGUGUGACCGCAAUGCGCCCGGACGAGCUGUCCCUACCGAGUACGGCGACCGAUCUCGAGCACGAUACGAUAAUGGUUUCCGGCACGACGCUCCUACUGAACGGGUGUACGGUUCGGAGCGAUCUACCGUUCGAUCUCGAUUCGCUCGGCCAGGGCUCGAGGGUCGGUGUGAUGCGUAGCGGUGACGCCAUCCAUUUCUCCAUCAACGGUAUCGAUCUGGGUGCGUUUUACGAUUCGAAAGCCCCGAAUCUGUACGCCGUGGUCGAUCUGUACGGGCAGUGCGCACAGGUCACCAUUACGGCACCGACACACGCCACCGGCACCGGACCGGGUAGUGGUGUUGGUGCUAAUGGAGAUUUGCGUGCCCCGUACGCGAUCAGCGAAAACUCCCAAAGCCUGCAGGCAACAUCCGUAAUCCAGCCGAUGGCACUGGUAGAAUCGAAACACCGCUGGUCAUGCAUAUCGGCAAACACCGUAACGCUCGGUCACAAUUGGACGCUGGCUUCGCGCGGUACCAACACGGCCCUAUCGCACUGUCUCGUGUUCUCCGACCGACCGCUCGUACCGGGCGAAACAUUCGAGAUCAAGAUAACCGAGGUGAACCCACUGUAUGCCGGAUGUUUGCGGGUCGGUGCGACCGAUUUGAACCUGUGCGAUGAGCAUGUGCGCAAAAACAUCCCGAUCAGUAUGCGCCGCAUACCGGCAAACGUGUGGUACGUCAGUGGGAACGAAGUGCGACACAACUCGACACUGCUGCAACGUUCCCUGGCAUCGCUCGAAUGGCUUCGCGUAGGAGAUCGCAUCGGGAUCGAGCUAACGUCGAGCAGAACGUUGCGAAUCUUACUAAACUCGGAAGAUAUGAACAUAACCUUCACUAAUCUGCCCGAUUCGGCCGACGUGUUCGCCGUGGUCGAGUUGAUUGGGUCUACCAUGGCCGUGCAGGUCAUCUCGUCGCAGGGGCCCACCUCUCCGCUACGACCAUGCAGUCUCCGCCUGCAGGACUCUCUCGAGCUGGGCCUCGACCCACUAAACAAACAAGACUCGAUGCUGGAAUCGAUCGAUUCCGACAGUCUGGCGAUGGAGUUUUCGGAGCUGUAUCUUGGCAAAAACGUCUCACUGUUCGACGAACGGAAAUCCGCCGCACGGUUACAAUCGUACAACCAUGCGAUCGUAUGCCUUUCGCGUCCGCUCUGCAAAGGCCACAGUGUGAGUGUGCGCAUUAAUGCGAUCAACCCGCAGUGGAAGGGCACGAUCGCGGUUGGAGCACUCGGUGCGGCACCCGGUGCAUCCCCGACACAGUUCCCCUUCCCAACCUCGGCCAUCCUGUUCCGGCGACCGUGCUGGAUAGUGACGCACGAUUACGUCAACAUUAAUGGUACGAAAACGCAGUCCCGGUACGGUGAGCUGCUGGAUGCGAUUCAGCCCGGCACAAUCGUUACGCUCACGUUAACACACGGUGGCAGUUUGCUUAUUACCUGCGGACAAACGCAACUGGAAGAGCUGGCAACUGGGUUGCCGCACCACGUUUACCCCGUGUUCGAUCUGUACGGCAAAUGCGAACGAGUGACGAUCUACAACGGUGAUCCAAAGAAUGGGAGCCCGAUCGCGGAGGAACUGGCUGUGUUACCCAACGAACCACAGCGACUGGGUGGACAGAUAGGAGGGAUUGUUAGUAGUGCUGGUCCGGGCGAUGGUGGCGUCUCCAGUUCCGCCCAAAUGGUUGCAGGCACUGUGCUGGACAAUGGUGAGAAUGUGCCCCAGUGCGAGAAAGCAGAUCUGGAAGUGCACGAGAAGGAAACGGAUCAAACGAUUGCGUAUCAGCCAGUGGCGACCACAUCCAACCCAUCAAACGCGAUGAGCCGCUCCGUGAUGGACUGCGUGUCGGAGAAUUUGCUGAUGAAUAUUUCGAUUAAAAUACGUACCGCAAACGAGGCACGCAAUCAGGAGCUGUCCAAUUCUUGCUGCUUGCGCGAUUCUCUUCAACUGCAGCAUUCGACCAAUCUCAACAUUCAGCGAAGCCAAAGCACUCAUCGGUUCAACGCGAAUGCAAUGCAGGGUAGCUUUGACAGCAAUCGCGGUGGCGGUGGUGAUCAAUCGCAAUCGAUGAGUUCGGGUAAUUACGACGAAGGCUUUGAGGACUAUCAGCAUCGUCCUACCGUUUCGGGCGCAGCAAGUUCUUCUAGUGCGACCGCGCUCAGCACAGCUGGCGUUGAACCGAACACAACCGAUCGUGCAGUUGGAGCGGAGGAAAACACCGACACCAACUAUCUGGACGAUGUGGUUGAAUCCAGCAUAGAUUUCAACAGCAUACAGUUGAACAGUGACACCGGCACAAGCGGUGACGCGGACUGCGAUACGAAUCUGACGGAUGUGAACCAAAACAUAACCGCCGAAGAAUCGCUGGACGAUGAGGAAGAGGAUGGUGAUGAUCUGGAUGAGGAUCGUGAUCGUAACACGCUCGCGAACACUCGUCGCACAAAGCUUGGCCUGCAGCUGCAGACUGUGGGAGGAACAGCAGUGAACACGGCGCCUUCGGCAUCCGUUUCCACCUCGUCGCGACGCUUCGCAACGAUCCAACGAUUAGCACCGGAAGGUGCCGAAAAUGAGGAAGACACCACACAGCAGCACCGGGGACAGAAACCACCUGUGCCGACAACAUACAGCUCUGCGCUAUAUCCACCGCCGGUAGAAAACCGUGACUGCGACUAUCUGAAGCUGGUGAUGAGUUUCAAGCGGACGCUUAUGCUACCGGAUGCAUUCUUUGUCGAUGAACCGUGUGCGUGCUAUUGUACCGGCUGUCAGCUACCUGUAGCAGGCGCUGGUUCGCCAAACGUCCUUAAAAACUGGGUACGCUUCCGAUUGAAUCAGUUGAUGGUACAGGGCAGUUGUGUCGUAAACACGGCGGACGAUUUCGUUUGGACGACGGCAUAUUACAAUACGCGUGUCGAUAAGAUACGGUCCGUGUUGGAUCACGGCCAACCUUUACCGAUUGAAACCAGUCAGUUACAUCCGGACGCAUCUUCGGCUACAUCAACGUUGAACGAUAAUUUCAUCCCCGGUACGCAUAUACUGUUGCGUUCGGUUCCGGACGCUACCGAACCUGUCUGCGUAACGCCCGCGUCGAACGGUGGCGGCUCUACCCGUGGCCGUCCGUUUCCGCUUCGUUACCUAGUGAAUGGACAGUUUUUCCACAUCAAAACUGCGUUCGAGGUGCGGGUUCGUGCGCAGUCACUAUCCGCCGUUGACCGGGAUGGUGAACAGGCACAGCCAACAAGAGCAAUGCAGACCGAUGGUUCCAAUGCACCGGGCAGUGGUGCAUGUGCGACCGCCGCUGCAGCAACAACGUCGCUGGCUUCGACCGUCGCUAACAGCAGUAACAAUACUAACGAUUUCACAUUCCGCUCCUGGACGACGAAGGAGGUAGAUGCUUGCGUACUGACAGCGCUGCUCAUUCAUCUGAUACCGAACUAAGGGAGCACGUAGUAAUAAAGCUCAUCGUAUUACAUUUCGCCUAAUCUAUGUCAAAGCAGCUUUAUAAAUUAAGAUUUCAU